UUAGGGCAUUCAUUUAAUCGGAGGUGCCGUUCGUUCGCAUCUCAACUUUAGCUCCCUUCUUCGCUCUUCCAUUUCGCUCCGAUUCCUCUGCCGUCGCCCGGAUUCCUCCUGCCAUGGCGGAUGUCGACUCCUCCAACAACCAGUCCUUAGCUAAGGACUAUUUGCUGGAAGAGAAAUUGCAGCAAGUUCAAGAAGUUGCAAAAUCUGUGGAAGAAUCAGUCGUCAAACCUGCAGCAGAAACCGCCGGCGAAAUCGUGCAAAAAGCAGAGGAAGCCAUCGGUGUUGCUGAUAGCAAAGAUGCUUCUGAUUCUGUCGAAAAGGCUGCUGAUUCCACCGAUUCCGACGCUGGAGAAAACAAGGAUAUUGCUCCUGAUGAAUCCAGUGAACCCGAAAACACCGUUGGUGAAGAAGCCGAGGAAGCCGAGGAGGCUCCUCAGAUCAAGCUCGAGACUGCGCCGGCGGACGUCCGCUUCCCCACCACUAACCAGACUAGGCACUGCUUCACCAGAUAUAUUGAAUAUCACCGGUGCGUUGCUGCGAAGGGUGAAGGUGCCCCCGAGUGCGACAAAUUUGCUAAAUACUAUCGCUCCCUCUGCCCCGGCGAAUGGGUUGAGAGAUGGAACGAGCAAAGAGAGAACGGUACCUUUCCGGGGCCUCUGUAAACCGAAAUCUGCAGCUAACAUUUCGCUCGCCGUCAUGAAAUAGGGAGUUUCUUCGUCUUCUUCCGAACUCCCCGAGAUAAUAAAUAUGUGUUUGGGUUUUGCUUAAAAAAUUUUAAAAGCCCACGAAAACUUCAACGAGGCGGGUUUCUCGAACCGCAUUUAAUUCCUUUAUUCUCGUAGAAAUUUUGUUCGUCGUGCUUCGCUCUCGUGUCGGUCUCGGGACAGAACGGGACUGGACAGGAUACCUUCUUGUCCCGGGAUGUCCCUCUUACCCACCUACCCCACCCCCGAAUAAUGCAUUUCGUUCUAUCGUAUAAAAAGUUAUGAAUCUUGAUUUA